AGAAGCGCCUCCACUCGUCGUCGGCGUCGUAGGACCUCCUGGGGUGGGAAAGACAACGUUGAUCAAGAGUUUGGUGAGGAGGUAUACCAAGCAAGCUGUAUCGCAGCCGGUAGGACCCAUCACCGUUGUCACGAGUAAGAGGCGGCGACUCACCUUCAUGGAGAGUCCGAGUGAUAGCUUGGCUGCCGCGAUUGACAUGGCAAAAAUCGUCGAUAUCGUGCUACUCAUGAUUGAUGGGAAUUAUGGCUUCGAAAUGGAGACGAUGGAGUUCUUGUCUGUGUUGAGUAGUACGGGUAUGCCAGGCAAUGUGUUUGGCAUCUUGACACACCUGGAUCUCUUCAGGAAACAGGAUACAUUGAAGGCGCAGAAGAAAAGGCUCAAGCAUCGGUUUUGGUCAGAAUUGUACCAGGGUGCAAAACUGUUCUAUCUCUCGGGUGUCAUCAAUGGGCGGUACCCCGAUCGAGAGGUGUUGAAUUUGUCUCGCUUCUUGAGUGUGAUGAAGAAUCCACGACCGCUCGUGUGGAGGAACUCGCAUCCCUAUGCAUUGGCCGAUCGGAUGCUGGACAUUACUCCCGAGACCAAGAAGGAAGAGAAUCCGAAAUGCGAUCGGACUGUCGCCCUGUACGGAUAUCUGCGGGGCACCAAUUUCCCAUCCCACGAUGCGCGAGUCCAUAUUCCUGGUAUUGGAGACCUCAAUGUCGAACGAGUCGAAUCGCUACCCGACCCGUGCCCUACCCCGUAUUUUGAGCAGGCGAAGGAGAAGGCAGAUGGUACGAAGAAGAGGAGGAAAUUGGGGGAGAAGCAGAAGGUCAUAUAUGCGCCCAUGAGCGAUGUGGGCGGUGUACUGGUGGAUAAAGACGCUGUAUACAUUGACAUCAAAAGCAACACUUUUGACCCGGAUGAUGACAACGAAGAUAGAGGGCUGGGUGAGCAGAUGGUUGUCGGAUUGCAGGGAGAAAGGAAGCAAGCUGAAGACAAUGGUAUUGCACUGUUCGAUGACGGGCGGCGCAUCAAGAGUCUGGACGACGAUGAUGCUACGAAUACUGGAAGGAAGGCCGCGCGUAAAGCUACUUUAUACGAGCGAGAAGGCGACGAUACAGAGUUGGAUAAUGAGGAUGAAGGGUUCGAGAGUGGGGAGACAGACGACGAAGCGGACCUGGAAGCGCUCCAGCAAGAGUCUGGAAAGGCUCGCAGCUCGAAAAAUGACAAGGAUACUGAAGUGGAAGGAGAUAUUGCUUUUGCCGAUUCAGACAGCGAUCUUGGAUCGUUGUCAGACGUGUCUGAUCAGGAGCUCGAGGACGAUCCGGAUGCUGAAGACUCUGACCUGGACUCCGAGGAUGAUGAUGGCGAGGUCCGAUGGAAGAGCAAUAUGGCAGAGCGCGCAAAGGCCUUAUCAGGCAGGAAGCAUGCAUACAGAGUCGCAGAUUUGGCGAGAAUGAUGUAUGAUGACAUGCUGUCAACAGCUCAGCUCGUGAAGAAGUGGCGAGGCGAGGAAGAUGAGGAUCAGAGUGUCGAUGAUGAGCAAGACGAUGGAUUUUUCAGCCGCAGAAAGCCCGGCGACGAUGAAGCGCUGGAAGAUCGUAUGAUACCCAAAUACGACUAUGAAGAACUCGAGAAGAAGUGGACAGACGAGGAUAACAUGGAAGCCCUGCGUCAACGAUUCACGGCUGUCGGCCUGACUGGUGCGAAUGGCAAUGCGCUUGGCGAGGGCGAAGACGAUGACUUUGAAGGUCUCGAUGAUGACAGCGAAGGCGAUGGAGAGUUUGAAGAUCUCGAGGCUGGCGACGCGGAUGGUGGUGCUGCAAUGACAGCCGACAGCAUCGAAGACGAACGAGCGAAGAACGCGAAGAAGAAGGAAGAGCUGAAGAUGCGUUUUGAAGAAGAAGAUCGCGAAGGCUUCUUAAACCCCAAAAACACCAAUCGUGAAGCCAACGGCGAUGCUGAGGGUGAUGAGUUUGGCGAAGACGAGUGGUACGACGCUCAAAAGGCAAUGCUCAAGAAACAGCAAGACAUCAAUCGCAAGGAAUUCGAGGAUCUUGAUGAGGCUACACGAGUCCGCGCCGAAGGGUUCCGAGCCGGAACAUAUGCUCGUUUGAUCCUCUCCGAUGUGCCAGUCGAGUUCAUUGAGAACUUCGAUGCCCGCUUCCCACUCCUCAUCGGUGGCUUGCAGCCCACAGAAGAACGCAUGGGAUUCGUGCAGGUCCGGAUCAAACGCCAUCGAUGGCACAAGAAGAUCCUCAAGACCAACGAUCCUCUCAUCUUCUCUCUCGGUUGGCGAAGAUUCCAGUCCACACCGGUGUACAGCAUAUCCGACUCUCGAACACGAAAUCGCAUGCUCAAAUACACUCCCGAGCACAUGCAUUGCUUCGGCACAUUCUACGGACCUCUCGCCGCUCCCAAUACGGGAUUCUGCUGCGUACAAUCCUUCUCGAACAAGAAUCCCGGGUUCCGCAUCGCAGCAACAGGUGUGGUUCUCAAUGUGGACGAAAGCACCGAGAUUGUGAAGAAGCUCAAACUCACCGGCCAUCCGUACAAGAUCUUCAAGAACACGGCCUUUGUCAAAGACAUGUUCUCGUCUGCCCUCGAAAUCGCCAAAUUCGAAGGCGCAGGCAUCAAAACCGUCUCUGGUAUCCGCGGACAGAUCAAAAAGGCCCUCUCCAAGCCCGAAGGAUGUUUCCGAGCGACCUUUGAAGACAAAGUUCUCAUGUCCGACAUCAUCUUCCUCCGCGCCUGGUAUCCCAUCCGGCCCCAUCGCUUCUACAACCCCGUGACCAACCUCCUCGACCGCAGCAGCGACGGCGACGGCGAAUGGGAAGGCAUGCGUCUCACAGGCCAAGUGCGAGCGGAGCAAAACCUGCCAACUCCACAAUUAAAAAACAGCAAAUACACUCCCAUCGAACGUGCCACGCGCCACUUCAACCCCUUACGAGUGCCCCGAAAACUGCAAGCAGACCUCCCAUACAAAUCCCAAAUCACACAGAUGAAGCCACAAAGCAAAGAAACGUACAUGCAAAAACGCGCCGUAGUCGUCGGUGGCACGGAAGAGAAAGUGGCGAGAAGGUUGAUGCAGCAGGUGAUGACGUUGCGAAAGGAAAAAGUGGAAAAGCGUCGGGUGAAACAGGAGGAGCGCAAGGAGGGCUAUCGGCGAAAAGUUCGAGAGGGUGAGGAGAAGAAGAGGGAGAGGGAGAAGAGGGAGCGAGAUGAGUAUUGGAAGAAAGAGGGGAGGAAGAGGAAGAGUUGGGGUGGUGAUGCUGAGGGUGGUGGGAAGUUUAAGAAGAGGAGAAAGGAGUAAUAAGUAAGUAAAUGGGAUUUAUUUAGGACAUGCAAUG